UCGCAACGGAAUCUCAGCUGUUUGUAAAUGGGUGCUGCCAACCUAGGAUAAUCUUAGCAUUAUUUUUGAACUAACACGUGCAGGAAAUUGUGUCCUAAAUAAAAUAUUAACUAAGAUGUCCAGUCCCAUAAGAAAGGAGCCGUUGCUAUACAUGGAGGAGCACAGAGUCAAAGAGGAUCCACAGGACUAUGGACUGGCCGACGAUGUGUUUAACAUGGAAGUCUUUAAAAAGAAACUGCAAGUAGCAAUCGUCCGAAACGAUGAAGACGGCUUGGAGUUUGACAUGAUAGGCGUGUAUCCCGCCAUAGCUAACGCUUUUCGCCGCUUGAUGCUUAGCGAGGUACCCAGCAUGGCCAUUGAAAAGGUGUACAUCUAUAAUAACACCUCCAUUAUACAAGACGAAGUGCUGGCGCAUCGUAUGGGACUUCUACCCUUGAAGGCCGACCCCAGGCUGUUUGCCUAUCGCACUGAAGAGAGCGGCGAGGCUGGAACCGAGCAGGAUACUUUGGAGUACGAGCUGAAAGUGAAGUGUACCCGCCGCAAGGAUGCCAGCAAAGAUCAAUCCAACUUUGAUGACAUCUACAAGAACCACAAGGUCUAUUCGGGCCAUUUAAAAUGGCUGCCCAAGGGAAAGCAGGCACAAAUUUACAGUGAGAGCAUGGUCAAUUGCAUUCACGAGGAUAUACUCAUCGCUCAACUGCGACCAGGACACGAGCUGGACUUGCGUUUGGUAGCUGUCAAGGGACUCGGCAAAGAUCAUGCCAAGUUCUCGCCGGUGGCAACUGCUUAUUAUCGUCUGUUGCCACAGAUUAAGCUGAACCGCGAAGUUUAUGGCAAGGAUGCCUACUUGCUGCAGAGCUGCUUCUCACCCGGUGUAAUUGGAAUCGAUGAAAAUGAGUGUGCCUAUGUGAAAGACGCCCGAUAUGAUAGCUGCAGUCGCAACGUCUAUCGCUAUCCCCAGCUUGAGGACUCUGUGACCCUGGGGCGUGUGAGAGAUCAUUAUAUAUUCACCGUCGAGUCUGUAGGGUCUCUCAAACCAGACGUGAUCUUUCUGGAAGCAGUUAAAGUCCUUAAAAAGAAAUGCAGGGCCUUUAUAGACGAAAUAGAAGCGGAAUAGUUAUUAUUUAGAUUAGCCGUUCCAGAGUUAAUUAUUCUAUGUACAUAAGAAAAAACGAUAUAAACAUAUGUAAGCUUAA